ACUGAGUUCAGCCAGACUCGGUUCAAUUCAAUCCAAGAAACGGAAGAUGCUUCAGAAUAUGCUUCCUUUUGAUCUUUCAUUCAUUCCUUCCCCACAAUACGACACAUCAGCGGCUUCUGAGGCUAAAAUACGGAUAAGUCCCUAUCCCUUGACCCGGUUCCCUAUUUAAAUCCACCAUCCUCCGCUCGCUCUUUCUCGCGUUUUUAAAUCUCCUUUCUUUUUAACUUCAUAUUACAAAUUCCCUCUUUAAAAGCCAACUUCCUUUUAUUUCACAACUGAAAUAACACAAGGAAUCAUGACUGCUUCUACGAUAAUUCUUUCUCAGUCCGACCAAGAAAAUCUCAUCGACAAACUAGAGGUAUUCAAGAUCCAAGGCCGAGACAAGCGUGGCCGUAAGGUUCUUCGCAUCGUCGGCAAGCUCUUUCCUGCUCGGCUAGUGAGCAGUGAGGCGCUGCACAAGUAUUUGGAGGAUAAAAUCUAUCCUAAAUUGGAAGGAAGGCCGUUCUCUGUUGUAUAUUUGCACACAAAUGUUCAAAGGAGUGAGAAUUUCCCUGGAAUCUCAGCCCUACGAUCAAUCUACGAUGCAAUUCCGAUCAACGUGAAGAAUAAUCUGGAGGCUGUUUAUUUCGUGCACCCUGCCAUACAAGAUAGACUCUUCUUUGCCACUUUUGGUCGUCUUCUUUUUAGUGGAGGGUUAUAUGGGAAGCUUAGGUAUGUAAGCAGGCUGGGAUUUCUGUGGGACCAUGUGAGGAGGAACGAGUUCGAAAUACCACAGUUUGCGUAUGAUCACGAGGAAGAACUGGAGUACCGGCCUAUAACUGACUAUGGGUUGGAAAGUGAUCAUCCGAGAGUUUACUGUGGGAACUCUGUGGAUAAUCCAGUUUCCAUGUACUCGAUGCGAUGUAUUGCGUAGUCUUAGGAUGCUUUCUAAAAUUUCUAUGUACAAAAAUGGUGGAAAUUGAAUUUUUUUUUUUCUUUC